UUUUUUGUGUUUUCUUCUUUAAUUUCAUUAUUUGGCCUACUAUUACAUAUAAACAAUUUCAACAGUUUAAUUGUGUUUUGUCUUUAGGAAAGAAAUGGAGGAAUUUUGGGCUUUAUAUAGUGAUAUAUGAGGGCAUGUUUUAGUGCAACAAUUCAUGCAUAUUUCCUUAUCUACCUUCCCUGGCCUUCAAUUUACGGCUCAUUUUCUUUGCUUAUACGUUUGAAUGACUAAUUAAGUUACUUCACACACUGACGCUGAAGUCUCAUGGCAUUAGUUGGAAAGUUAGAUUUCUUGAUGAGCAUUUUCGUAUAUAUGUAGAGAAAGAAAAAGGGCAGGAGAAAUUUAUUUUAUAUAAUAUGGUGUGGUUGUGGUGGCUCGGCGCGGUGGUGGCUGCGGCGGCGGUGAGUGGUGGCGAUGUCACCUAUGAUGGAAGGUCGCUCAUCAUCGGCGGCCAGCGGAAGCUCAUCUUCUCCGGUUCAAUCCAUUACCCAAGAAGCACCCCUGAUAUGUGGGCAUCGUUAAUUUCGAAAGCCAAAAGCGGCGGACUAGAUGCCAUUGACACUUAUGUUUUUUGGAACCUUCAUGAGCCCCAACCGGGACAGUAUGAUUUUAGUGGGAGACGUGAUUUAUUACGUUUUAUAAAAGAAAUACAAUCUCAAGGUUUGUAUGCUUGCCUUCGGAUUGGGCCGUUUAUCGAGGGUGAAUGGUCUUAUGGAGGUUUGCCGUUUUGGCUCCAUGACGUACCCAAUAUUGAAUUCCGAACCGAUAACGAACCAUUUAAGUUUUACAUGCAAAAUUUCACGACCAAAAUAGUAAACAUGAUGAAAUCGGAGAACUUAUACGCCUCACAAGGGGGGCCCAUCAUAGUUUCCCAGAUUGAAAACGAAUAUCAAAAUGUGGAAAAAGCUUUCGGCGAUAAAGGGCCGUCGUAUGUCCGUUGGGCUGCGGCGAUGGCCGUGGGCCUCAACACCGGUGUGCCGUGGGUCAUGUGCAAGCAAGAUGAUGCUCCAGAUCCAGUGAUUAAUUCCUGCAAUGGGAUGAUGUGUGGAGAGACAUUUGUUGGACCAAAUUCACCAAAUAAGCCAGCAAUGUGGACAGAAGACUGGACACAUUUUUAUGACAAUUAUGGCAAUACCACCAAAGUGAGACCAGCUCAGGACAUUGCAUACCAUGUUGCUCUAUUCAUAGUCAAGAUGAAUGGGAGCUACAUAAACUAUUACAUGUAUCACGGGGGCACCAAUUUCGGAAGGAAUGCAUCCGCGUUUAUGCUAACUAGUUACUACGAUCAAGCUCCAUUGGAUGAAUAUGGUUUGAUCAGGCAGCCAAAAUGGGGUCAUCUCAAGGAGAUGCAUGCAGCAGUUAAGCUGUGCUCACAAACACUACUUUAUGGAACUAAAACUAAUUUCUCUUUAGGUUCACGGCAACAGGCCUAUGUCUACAAUGGUGGAAAUGGAGAAUGUGCAGCAUUUCUUGUGAACACAGAUGCAGCAAGUGAUGCAGAAGUCCGAUUUCAAGAUCAAACGUAUAGACUUCCACGUAAGUCGAUUAGCAUCUUGCCCGACUGCAAAACUGUCGCGUUUAACACGGCCAAGGUGAGUAGCCAAUAUAGUACAAGAACAAUGAAGCCAGUUGUGAAGUUGGACUCACCAGAGAGAUGGCAAGAAUUUGAUGAAGCUAUUCCAUCGUUCAGCGACACCUUGCUCAGGUCGGAUUCACUGCUCGAGCAGAUGAACACCACCAAAGAUGCAUCUGAUUAUCUAUGGUACACUGCCAGUUAUCAGCAAUCUGAGGAGUUGCAGUCUGUGAUCACUGUAGAUUCUCGUGGUCAUGUAUUGCGCGCAUUUGUGAAUGAAGUAUUUUUUGGUUCAAGACAUGGGAUCUAUAGAAAUCAAAGCUUCACUUUAGAGACUGAUGCCCCUUUCAAAAGUGGAGUAAACAACAUCUCCUUGCUAAGCAUUAUGAUUGGCCUACCGGAUUCAGGGCCACAUAUGGAGGGUAGAGCUUCUGGAUUGCGAAACGCGAGCAUUGGAGAUAAAGACUUAACUUAUUAUUCAUGGGGAUAUCAGGUUGGAUUAGUAGGAGAGAAGUUGCAGCUUUACACAGAAGAAGGAUCAAGCAAAGCAGAAUGGAGCAAAUUUAACCACUCUUCUCAGCAACUUAAAUGGUACAAGUCAAAUUUUGACGCGCCUGAGGGGGCUGAUCCUGUCGCGCUGAAUCUGGGCUCGAUGGGGAAAGGUGCAGCUUGGAUCAACGGUGAAAGCAUCGGGCGCUACUGGAUCUCCUUUCCCCAACCUAACGGCUCGCCUUCACAAAUAUGGUACCAUAUACCAAGAUCCUUCCUGAAACCUACAAAUAACCUCCUAAUACUAUUUGAAGAAGAAGCUGCUAAUCCCUUAGGCGUAUCAGUAGACACUGUCUCAGUAACAAGAGUGUGUGGGCACGUCUCAGAUUCCAGUCCACCUCCAGUGAUUUCGUAUCAGAUGAAACGGGGGAGAAGACCUAAAGUCCGGCUCCGUUGCCCUAAAAGCAAAAACAUCUCAAACAUCUUGUUUGCAAGCUUUGGAAGCCCUUUAGGUGAUUGCAGCAGUUAUGCUGCUGGGAGAUGCCAUUCAACCAGCUCUUUCAACGUCGUGGAGAGAGCUUGUUUAGGGAGGAGGAUGUGCUCGGUUCCUUGGUCGUACAGAAGCUUUGGAGGUGAUCCAUGCCCCGGAGUUUCAAAAGAUCUGUUGAUCGAGGCCGAAUGCCAGUGAUGGUGGAUAUACUAACACACAACACUAAAGCAGAAACAGGAAAUCACAAGCAUAUACAACAAGAUAGUUCAUUAGAUCCAACACAAUUAUGUUAUAACCUAAAGAAUAAAGAGCAAAUGACAUAUAUAGUGGAAUUCUUUUUCAGUCAAUGCCUAUGUAUUCGAGUUGUUCUAAUAUUCAGUGAAUGAUAUCUCAAUGCUAUUAACAGGCAAUAGAAAUUUAGUUUGUAGCUGAGAAAUUUUCCUAAUACAAGAUUCAUGUAAAUAGAGAAGUCCUACUUAAAUAAAUGAGAAAGCUGUGGUGCAAAC